AUGCCUCUGUUGCAGCCCUUCUCUAACAGAGGAAAGACUGUUGUCAUCCAAUACACGGUCAAGCACGAACAAGGAAUCGAUUGCGGAGGUGGCUACGUUAAGGUCAUGAGCUCGGAUGUUGAUCUUAAAGACUUCCACGGAGAAACCCCAUACAAUGUGAUGUUUGGUCCUGACAUUUGCGGACCCACGAAGAAAGUCCAUGAUGAUGAGCUAACUCACCUGUACACACUGAUUAUUAAUCCUGAUAAUACCUACGAGGUGCAAAUUGAUGGAGAGAAGGUUGAGAGUGGCGAGAUUGAGGCAGAUUGGGAUAUGCUUCCGCCAAAGAAGAUCAAGGAUCCUGACGCAAAGAAACCGGAAGACUGGGACGAGCGAGAGUACAUUGAUGACGAAGAUGACAAGAAGCCCGAUGACUGGGAUAAGCCGGAACAUAUUCCCGACCCAGAUGCGAAGAAGCCUGAUGACUGGGAUGAUGAAAUGGAUGGCGAAUGGGAACCUCCAAUGAUUGAUAACCCCGAAUACAAGGGAGAGUGGAAAGCUAAACAGAUUAAGAAUCCUGCCUACAAAGGCAAAUGGAUUCAUCCCGAAAUCGACAACCCAGAGUACACUCCUGAUGAUGAGCUUGUACCACUACAAAGACUGGGGAGCGAUCGGUUUCGAUCUAUGGCAAGUGAAAUCUGGUACUAUCUUCGACAACAUCAUCAUUACUGA